AGUCCCGUUAAGAGGGGCCCCAAAGCGCUUGCUCUGGUCAUUUCAGCGAGGACAGACUCCGCUUAUAUCCCUGGAAGCGCAGUGCCAGGCAGACACACUACAGAGAGAAAGAAAGAGGAGAGAAGAAGAUGAACGAGUGAGACCGAAAGCGACAGCCGAGUUUAUAUUGGUGGCCAAAUUAUUUCCACAACUUAUUCUCUGUCGAGGUGUAGUUGUGGACAGUUGCGCGACAUUAUACAUAGGUAAACACUUUGAUUUGUUUACGCGUGUAGUUUUAGCUGUUUUAUUUGGGAAAACUCUUGUAUCGGGGUGUCUUUCAACAUGAUCUGAAAAUACUGUCCAGGAGAAAGUGAUCUCAAUUGCGGACAAUCAAAUUGACGAGAUCUUCAACGCUAAGAGAUUGACCUAGUCCUGCAUGACUUGCGGAGACAUCUCUUGGCGUGAAAUGGGAUAUUUAGGCAUUUUCUGACAAGAUCUGUCAAAAAAAAAACUUGGACACGUUCCUCUUGGCUAUUCAGACUAACUUACACGCUUGGUCGGGAGUGAAUUCGCUUUGCUUUUUUGCGGUCAGCUCUUCCAGAAAUGGUGGGGCACUUACAUUUACAAGCUAUGGAUGAUAGUCUAAAAGGCAAAAAUCGAGAAGGGCUACUCGACAGUCCGGAUUCAGGACUACCCCCAAGCCCUAGUCCGCCCUUCUACUCACUUUCGCCCGGGCUUCUCGAGUCACGAUCGGGGAGCUGUACGACGCCUGUGGAGCAACACCAUGGGUUCUACAGAAAAGAGAGCAGAGAGGGAAAGUUGCUUCCCUACCUGCUGCUGAACUCGCAGGGCACAGAGCUCAAGACACGCAUGCAGCCUGUGGUCUAUGGAGAGAGCAUCGAGGUCAACCCCAAACCUGAGCAGGAAAUCAAGUUCCACUCUGCCGUGAGGUACGCGUCGGAACGCCACUACCGCGAGCAUAUCUACUGCACGCCCGUGCCCGUGCCCGUCAACUUCAGCGAGACGGUGGUGGUGGCGUCGCCCAACUGCACCUGGCGUCACUACAAGUCCGAGGUCUACCUGCAGCCACGCCACCGGCCCCUGCGCUACCAGAGCACGGCCAUCGUCUACCCCAAGCACGCCCGCAGCACGUGCCGCACCACCCUCAGCCACCAGCCCUCUGGGGCCGGCCGCCGCUGGUUCUCCUCCACCGUGCGCCUGGAGUCCAGCGAGGACCUCAGCCCCUGCAUCAUCUACACCGAGGACCUCUGAGGAGACCACGGAGAGAGGGGGGAGGGGGAGCAGGGCGUUGGCAAAGACGGUUUUAGGAUGGUGAAUAAAAACACCAAGCCAUCGCAGGAAACAUGAAUGGAGUGUAACAGCAGUUACACCUACCUUACAAACUCUUAAAGAGCCUCUUGUGGAGGGGGGCCAGAGGAGAGGGGAGCGAUGGGGCCGGGGGAUUGAGUGUUCAAUCGAAGAUGCGAAGAUGUAUUUUUUUUUUUAAGGGAUCUCAAUGGACAUUUAGAAAAAGAGUGUGUGUGAUGGGGGAAGUAAGAUGGACAGGCAGACCAGCAUCAAAGGGAGAAAUCUGAGGAGCGCUUUAUUUGUCAGCCGUUUUUUUGUGGCCUUCUGUCCUUGUCUGGUAGCACAUAGAUUGGUGCAGGUUACCGUGUUGUUAAAUCAUUUUUUUUUUGGUAGGUUUUUUCGCUUAUUUACUUGUCUUAUGUAACUGCCUCAAAGCUCUUCCUCAGAAAAAAAACUCCCUCACUGUGCUGAAGUACUCCCAAGGGCACCAUGUCAAAUACAUCCUCAGCCAACAUAUCUGUGGCUCGCAUCCUGCAGACAGAUGUUAUAGGAAGAAUAGUACAUUCUGAAAUGCAUCCUAUGUUAUUUUGCAUACUCCCAUAACUUAAUACUCUCUUGGAAAGCCAAGUAUGUUAAGCACAGCUGUCUGACUGCCUGAUUGCACUCAUCGGUGUAUAUAUGUACAGUUUUGUUCCCAUCUGCUAUUGCUUGCUGGGUAAGCUGGUUUCCAAGCAGGAUACCAGGCCUGUCAUGUGAGCACUUGAAAGGUUGGACCAAAAAAAUUGACAAUUAGAAAGUAAGACUGUCAAGCUCUGGGAAGUAUUGGUAUCCACAAAAACAAGACAUUUGUUUGGCCCUCCGAUCAGCCAGAGCUGUGGCACGGUCAUGACAAGUGCUGCUCCUGGACGUCUGCGGGGAAUGCAGGUGUUUGGUGCAGUACUAACUCACACAUCUUAUCAGUAAGAUUCAGUACAUCAGAUUCGGACUGGAUCAGAUUUCUUUAUAAUAGCAUCCCGAUAGGAAUAAUAGUUCAAGUACAUUUUAUUUCUAUAGUGCCAAAACAAUACAAUUAUCAAUAAUAUCUCUUAAUAUAUAGUUUGACGAAAUAAUAAUAAUAAAAAAAAACAUGCUCCACAGACAAAGACAUUAUUUUUGGACCUAAAUCCUGUUUCAAAUACCACAGCAAUUUUUUCUUGCAGAAUUGAACAAAACGACCGUGGAAAUUAGGAAAAUUUUAGACGAAAGACUUCAUGUAAGCAGCAUAUAGAGAAUAUACUGUAUGCAUCAAUUGCUAAAUUUGUUCUUUUUGGUUUAGUUGUAAUAUAGUCCUGCAUUUGGCGUUUUUCAUUCAGUUUUUCAAGAGUUUGGUAAUUAUGAGCAUGCCAUCAAAGAAGCUCCUCUGGCCUCUCCACUUCCUAUUUAAGUCCUUUGAUUCAGCUGAGGCAGACAGUGUACUAUAGUAUGCCUAAAAUAAGAGUUUCCUUUCAUUUACAUAUAUGACUUUUUUUCCUUUCUAAAGGAUGAUUAAGUACCUGUCCUUUUUCUUGUUGUCUGUCUUACAUUGUUGGAUGAUGAAUGCAAAAAAUUGGUAAAUAUUGAACUAUGCAAUUCAGAUUUCUUACCUCAUUUAUGAAAAUCUUUCUUAUUCUAAGUAUAAAAGUUUGUAUUACCAGUUCUUGGUAAGAAAAAUGCAAUUUUUCUAGCGUAUGACUACAUAGCGAGGUGUAGCCAAAAUACAAAGGGAGGAGUGAGGGGGAAGAGUGAAAAGACACAGACACAGCGGUCUGAAAGGACAUGGAUAUACGAUGGUAUACGUUAGGUGGAAAGAGGUUGAUGGCUUGUGGCUAGUGAGUUUUACCAGGCCUGUGUUAGGUCUGUCUGGAUGUAAGUGUGGCUUAAGUGGGCCGUCGGGGGGAGGCCAUUCCAGUCCUGCAGUAUCGGGGUGUAGCUGCAGAUUGACUAAUCGAUACACCAACUUCCAAAAAAAAAUAAGCUAAUCGGACUCAGACAGCAGCCGAGCCUGGAAUGGAUUUGUUCCUGGUCUGGUCUGAAACAGAUCAGAUCCAAUUAAUCUCCCUCACUAUACAUGUAUAUUAUAUUUGUUACACAGUAGCUCAAUUGAAAUGCAUGUCGAGAAGUGGGACAGACGAAAGUGAGCCGUUAUGGGGACUCAAAAGGACAGUCAAAAGUCAAAUUGAGGGUUCGAAAGCAAUUCUUACCAAUCUGGACACCCUACAAGAUGGUCACAGGAACUCCCCUAAGUGCAAGUGAAAGGUGAAAGUCUGGAAGUGUGUGAAUCAUGUGGAGUGGAGUAAACUGGUGGUAACAGGAAGUUUAGUUGAUUAUUCACAAAGGUCUGCUAACCUACAAAGAAACAGGUCUCUUGUAAAGGAGGGUAAUUCAAAGGUUCAGUUAUUGACAGAAGUCCUGUAAACGAGACCAAAUGCUGUGAGUCCUUGUUCAGGACUUGUGUGAUAAUAAAUAAUUGUGAGGGUUUGAGGAAAGUGAAGAUGGUCUGUGUAAAGUCUUUGUUGGUUGAUGUGAUGGAUGUUCAAAAACAAAACUAAAUAAGAGUUUAUUUUCAUUUUAAUUAAAGAGUACUCCAAUAGAUUACUGUUCCUGUUUCUUAACGUUUUGAGGAUUUGUUUGUUUAUGUAAAAUACUUUUCCUGUUGUAUAUGUGGCAAUGCGGCACUUCAUAAUUUUCUUUAUAUUUUUGUAUAUUUUAUUUUCCCAUGUUGAUGGUGUCCUUUUUGUUUUG